UUGAGGCGACGGUGGCGCCCGAGAGCUGAGGAAGCAGCUCGGGGGCGGAGCGGAGCGAGCGAGGCGGGGUCCGCCCCCGUCGUCUGGCGGGAAAAGCCUAAGGAGAUUUUCUUUUUUUUUUUUUUUUACUUUGAAGUGUGAUGAAAUCUGAGGAUGGUGGGACAAGACGACUAGAUCCCACUCUCCUGUGAUACUGUAGCCGGAAAACAGUCGAAGUCUGUGGAUAAAUUCAUGGGAUAAGAGAAGAUGGCAUCUAGAGUAAAUACCAGUUUCACUUUGAUACCCAGCCAAAAAUGUAAACGUUCUAAUCAUCAGUCCAACUAUUUUUGCAACACCCUUGAUUCCGAUCCUCAACUCUUAUCUACACUUGGAAAUUUUAAAGUCUUACCAUUGGAAAUAUUACACAUAAUUUUAAGAUACUUGUCAGUGAAAGAUAUUGGCAUAUUAAGUAUGGUGUCCAAAACAGUCAGCCAGCAUAUAAUUAAUUAUAUCUCAACCUCAUCUGGAAGUAGGAGACUUUUACUACAGAACUUUCAUGACCUUGACCUGCCUGGCACAAAAGAAGAGACUGCUCUACUGGAGCACUACAGAGCUCUAGGUCUACUAUUUAAAAGAUGCACCUUGCUGCUUCCCACCAAGGAAAGACUGAAGUACAUUCACAAGAUACUCUCAGAAGUUUCCUGCUUUAAAUUCAGUGGCUGUUCAGCUCCUUUGCAGUGUUUAGGAUUAUCAUGUUACGGCAUGUUUUUACAGACCUUAACAGCAGGUUGGGAUGAACUGGAGUGCCAUCGUGUGUAUAACUUCUUAUGUGAGCUGACUAAUCUCUCCCGAAAGAUGCAGACUGUUGUCUGCAACAAACCAGGAAGUGCUCGAAAACUAGAGUUAAGGGUUAGACUGUUCUGUCGGAAUGUCCUACUUGAUCACUGGACACAUCGAAGUGAUUCUGCAUUUUGGCUAACUCGAAUAUUAAAGCCAUGGCCAAUGGUGAAUCAGGCAAGACUGCUAUAUAUUAUCUUUGGACCAACAUCUCCUCAUGAUGGGCAGGUGAUUUGGCAGGAAAUGAUAGAAGGACCUACAGAUGAAUCCAGUCUGAAAGGUUUGGCUAAUGCCAUUAAGUUACUGUAUGACACAGGUGCCAAAGGCUGGACAGCAGAUGAUGUCAUCAGUCUUGUAGAUGAGCUAUCAGUGGUUCCCCGGGAGUGGCUUCUGGAGAAUAAUGCACGCCUCCUAAUCCUGAGCGGGAACAACAUCUGCUUCACUUUCAUGGCUAGUAAAGCUGUAAACGGACGAGCCAUUGAACUGGCAAGACUCAUAGUCUUUUUGGCUUUGGUGUGUGAGAAGGAGCUGUACUGCAUGGACUGGACAGUGAGAAUGAUGCAGAAAGUCUGCAAAGUCUUCAGCACUGCAGCAGAGAGAAAGAGCUUCCUGCAGAGUGUGGCCAAUGCCUUCGCCUGCGUCACGAUGGAGAUGCUGCAGCCUGUCAUGUCUGGAGAGCGUGAUGACGAUGACAGAGGCUUCCUGAAUUUGUUCCAUCUUCUCCAUGCUCAGGCGAACUUCCAUAAGGAGGUGCUGUAUCUGACCAUGAAUGCUGUCUCUUCCUAAGUCAGAAAGCUUGUCUCUUAAAGAGUAUGCCCCACACACACACUGGCAUUCAGUAGAGUGAUGCUUUUUCACAUCCAAGGAUAGCACCUAUUGGACUCUCGAGAAUCUAAUUAACCAGAAACUCCAGUUGCACAGGACUUUAGCUUAUAACUGUUUCACUCUGAUUAUUAGAAAAUAGCAGGCAAACCCCAGAAUAUAUUGUAACUUUUCUGGAAAACAAGAUCUGGCUCUCCAGGUCUUGGUAAAUACAACAU